AAAAUGAAGAACAAAACACUUGAAGAGGGUGGAAGCUUUAGGCAUGUCGUCCAGAUUGCAGAAUGCAUUUUAAUUGCCGAUGAUCAUGGAAUGACAUCUAAAGUGGAAAAAACACGAUCGAAAGGGGUGCUUCACGACUGAUAGCAGGCACUUAUAGCGCAUUAAUAAAAACCAAGUGUGCUCUUUAGCAAGGCAACAUUUUAUAGCGAAACAUCAAGCCAAAAACAGUUGACUGAGGCGAUAAUCGAAACAGUUCGACAAUGAGUUUUAUACCAACAGAACACCAGCAUAGGCGUCUAAACCCUUUGACGGGUCAAUGGAUUUUAGUGUGCCCCCAUAGAAUGCUUAGACCCUGGUCGGGACAACAGGAAUCACCGCAGAAAAAUGAUUUGCCUGAAUUUGAUCCAAGUAAUCCCUUGUGCCCCGGCGUGACGAGGCCCAAUGGCGUUAAAAAUCCCAGCUAUGAAAGCACGUUUGUUUUUACCAAUGAUUUUCCAGCUCUAUUGGAAAAUAUCCCAGCACCACCGGAGAGUGACGAUCCUCUGUUUCAAGCUGCUGCUGCAAGAGGUACUUGUCGUGUCAUGUGUUUUCAUCCAAAGUCCAAUUUAACCUUGCCGUUGAUGAGUCCGGCCGAAAUUGGAGUGGUAAUUAACGAAUGGAUAAACCAAUUCAAUGAAUUAAGUGCCAAAUACACCUGGGUGCAGAUCUUCGAAAACAAAGGUUCCGCAAUGGGAUGUUCCAAUCCUCACCCCCAUUGCCAAAUAUGGGCCUGUUCUUUUUUGCCAUCAGAGCCAUCGAUAAAAAAUGAUAACCUCAAAAAGUAUUUUCAAAAAUAUAAGAAGCCACUGCUACACGAUUACGCAGAGAAAGAAGUGCUACGUAAAGAGCGAGUCGUUAUAGAUAACCCCGAUUGGUUAGUGGUAGUGCCAUAUUGGGCAGCAUGGCCAUUUGAAACAAUGAUCAUAUCGCGUAACAACAACAAACGCAUUAAUGACCUGACCGAACAGCAAAAGAAGAAUCUAGCUCUGGUCAUAAAACAGCUGACAACCAAAUAUGACAACUUGUUUAAAUGUUCUUUUCCAUAUUCAAUGGGUUUCCAUGGUGCUCCAACUGGUUCGAUGUUGAACGAUGAUGACAGCCACUGGACUUUACAUGCAAUUUACUAUCCUCCAUUGUUGAGAUCAGCUACUGUUAGAAAAUUUAUGGUGGGUUUUGAGUUGUUGUGUCAGGCUCAAAGAGAUUUAACAGCGGAACAAGCGGCCCACCGUUUAAGGGAGUUGGAUGGGGAGAAACAUUAUUUGAAGGAAUAGCGCUGUGAAGAAGAAGUUUACCACAAUGUAAAACGUUUGUAAUGUAAAAAACUUGUUUCAAUUGUACCAAAUGAGUAAUAAAAACCAAAAAUUAUAUUCUAAA